GGACCGGCCCGGGAGCGGCCCGGGAGGCGAUGCGGGCCCGUCCGGGCCUGGGGCGGCUGGUGGGGGCGGCGGUGCUGUGGGCCGCCCUGCUGGGGGGUCCCCUCCGCGGGGGGCUGGGCCUCCGCCACACCGUCUACUGGAACGCCACCAAUCCCAGGCUCCGGGCGGACGACCCUUCGGUGGAGCUGGGGCUGAACGACUACCUGGACAUCUUCUGCCCGCACUACGAGGGCCCGGGUCCCCCGGGAGGCCCGGAGACCUUCGCGCUGUACAUGGUGGACGCGGCCGGCUAUGCCGCCUGCCGGCCGGACGGGCCGGGCGCCUUCAAACGCUGGGAGUGCUCGCGCCCCUUCGCCCCCCUGGGCCCCGUCCGCUUCUCCGAGAAGAUCCAGCGCUUCACGCCCUUCUCCCUCGGCUUCGAAUUCGUCCCCGGGAACACUUACCACUACAUCUCCGUCCCGUCUCCGGAGAGUCCCGGCCACUGUCUGCGCCUGAAGGUGUCGGUGUGCUGCCGGACGGCAGGGUCACCUUGGUCCCCCAAGUCCUACCCCGCGGGGUUGGGGGUGAGUCCGGGGGAGAGCGGGACCCCGCUGUGGCCGGGGGGCCGGGGCCCGGGCCCCCUCUGCCUCCUCCUCCUGCUGCUGCUGCCCCUACUGAGACUCCUGCGUGGGCUCUGA